AUGUCCAAAGACAAACGGCGGAGCAUCUUUGGCGGCCGCACCCUCAGUACCCUCAGUCCCCUCACCCCUCAGACCAGCAAAGAUGGCUCGCAGCCGUCGACGCUCCUGCGAAAGCGCCGGACUGCGUCCUUCAUGUCCAAUCUCUCCAACCUGUCCGACUUGUCGCAAUACACCGAGUCUGCAUCCCCGGAUGGGAGCACCGUGGUGGGGACACACUCGAUAGAAGCCUCCGAUUCGGCGCGGCCGUCACUUUCAAAGAACAACGUAAAGCGCGCCAGCUCAGUCUUCAGCUCAUUCCGUGGCUACAAACUCUCUGCAGAUGACGACGCCGAACCCCUGUCCACAACCUCAACGCGCAAUUCAAUCUUCUUUGGAGAAUACUUGGGCGACGACGUGCGCGACCGCCAGGUACUACAGCAUGGCGAGGUUCAGACGAGUAGCUCCAUGUUUAGGAAGAAGAAGGAAUACUUGGUCCUCACCGAAAAGCAUUUGAUCCGGUUCAAAAACUACUCCAAAGCCACAGAGGCUUUCCCGGGGUGCGCCAACUCCCCAACAGGGCAGAGAGAUCGCUCUAAUACGCUUAGUAUUCCCUCUUCUCAAAACCGCUUGAGCUCGUACCGGCAUAGCCACAGUCCCUCCAUCGGCUCGUCGCACGAGCUCCAGUCUUUGGCGUCGGAGUCGUCUGGAGAUCGCCACCAGGGAAUACCAUUGCGCCAUAUUGUCGCUGUCUAUCACCUCGACGACGGCCGGCCACACUUUGCGCUCGAGCUGUACUAUCUGGACGACGAGUCCAAUAACGCCUCGUCCAUGACACUCCAGUUCGGCGAUCCAGAAGACAUGUUUGCAUGGCUCAAGACUCUCAGAGAAGCCGCCAACCUGGCCCGCCUGUCUGACGCGAAACCCAUCUCAGCGCACAACUCACAUCUCGCCGCACGCGUUGUAGAAGCAGAGCGCGACUAUGUACCUCCACACUACGCCAUAUACAAGGUCGUUCUAAGACCUCAGGGGAAGACCACUACGAGGUCAUCGUCAGAUGACCUUGCCAAAGUAUCUGCUUCUGUAUGCUUUCUUGCAAUCGGCGUGCAUAAAGUACACAUCAUCCCACUCUUUAAGCCGCCUUCUCAGCGGGCCUCAACUCCAGCCUUGGCCUCCCACAAUACCCAAUCAUCGCAUGGUAUUCUGACGCUGACUGAAGUAUACGUGAAUCAUGUGGAUGAUACCUUUCAAUUGACUUUCCGGAAGCCACUAGAACGGCCCAAAGUCCUUCAUUUGGCUUCGCUCGCCUCACGCGACAUUGCUGUUCGGUUGCGAUCCGUGGAAGCCAACCUAAGGCCGGAGUGGGAGACGCGGCCUUUUGACUUUCAGGUCCCCGAGGAUGUGCACCAAGAUCUCGUCAGACAAGAGAGUCCGCACCCCAUGGAGCCCGACUCCCUAGAUCGGACUUUGAUAGGUUACUGUGUUGCUUACGGCGUGCAGCCCGAGAACAUCAGUUACCAGAUUACUUAUCCGCCAGAAGAUGCACCGCGAUUCGAGCUUCUCCCCCCUGUAGGCUUGCGUAGAGCUCAGUAUAAUGUACUGGAACUUCUUGCUGUCAUGCGCGCCUUGCGAUACAACGAAACCUUUGCGGGCAUUUCUUUCAAAGACGUGUCUCUGGACGUCUUGAAUGGACUUAGAGACGCGAAUGGCGCAGAGCACCUUUGUCUCAAGACGAAACGAGGAACAUACGCACGUCUAGACGUCGAAGAACUGGAACGAUCGUGUCUGCUUGUCCAAGAAAUCCGUGCUCUAGCCUUGACAAACCGAAAGCUAAGGAGAAUGGACUUUACCUCAUGCAUUACCCGAAAACCUGGAGAUCAUGGCGAAUCUAGAGGCAGCGCUAGGGAUGAGGGUUGCGGUAUUGUUGAAGCUUUAUUUCCACUGUGCAAGUACCAAACAACAAAUGUCGAUUGGAUAGCCUUGAACAAAAUACAGCUUGGGGACACAGACUUGGAUUAUCUCGUCGCCGCAGGUGUCGAGCGUGCUUGCCAUCUACGGGGACUUGAGUUGAGUGGGUGUGGCCUGACAGACCGCGCACUAUCCCUUAUCCUAGAUGCACUCCGCGCACAAGAAGCUACGCUUGAGGCCAUAGACCUAUCGUCUAACCCCUUCAGGCUAUCGCCCAGCAUGUUCGAUUCCCAAAUCGGCGUUUUUGGCUAUCUUACACGCCUCAACCUAUCGCAUGUUGCGCGAUCCUCUGGGAACGAGUCUUUGAUUUCUGUCGAGACCUUGAAUGGUUGGAGACUACAAGAGUUGAUCCUUAGUGGAACAUUGCUCAAUACCUCCAUGGUCGACGCAAUCGCCAGUUACCUAACAAACUACAAGCAAUCAUCUGCUUUACGCGAGCUUCGGUUAGAUCAUUGCUUUCUGUCUGGGCGAGAUAUUGCGUAUCUCUUACACUCGAUGACAGAGGAGCCGGGGAAAGCUCGCGAGCUGCAUCUGGAUGUUAGCGAAAACAACAUUGAAAAAGAUCUAGACGAGUUGACUCUAGCCAUAGCUCGUGGUCUUGCCCCGUCUAACUUUACCCUCCGUCUGCUCGAAUUCGAAGAGGAUGCAGAUUUUCGGAAGAUGAUUCUUGCCUUGGCCGCCAAUAACACGAUCCGGCAACUCGACAUCUCACGAGCCUCGUUGCCUUGUGACGCAUCCGAAGAGACAUGCCAGGCCAUGGAGAAGAUGUUCGCUGACAACACAAGCCUCGAAUGGCUUGACAUCUCUGGGGAAGACUCCCGUUUGGAGACGACCAAGCUUGGCGUUGGUAUCAACCGUGCGUUACGCGGUCUUCAACGUAACAAAACCUUGCGCGCUCUAUACAUUAGGUCUCAAAAACUUGGCGUACAAGGUGCGAGCACCCUCGCAGACGUCCUCAAGGUCAAUACAACACUUCAAUACUUGUACUGCGAGGACAAUGGCAUCGCGUUGAAUGGCUUUACUGAUCUCGUCAACGCGCUGCACCGGAACACUACUCUUCUAUAUCUUCCCACAAUGCAAGAAUCACGCCAAAUGGCGCUGAAGCAGACAGAAGAUCAGGUCAAGUCAAUGCGGGACGAUGUCACCCCACAUACCUCAUCCAAGUCUUCAUCGGUUAGAAGCCGCAUCGCAAGCAAAGUGAGUAGCAAGUCAGCAAAAGAGCCUAGUUAUCCAAUGGGCCUCUCGGACCAGGACAUCAAGGCCGCACUCGGUCUCGUAGAUGAGAGCUGGGGCAGACAAGAGUAUCGUCUACAACAGUAUCUUCAACGCAAUCACAACAUCGCAAACGGAAUACCCACAACCAUGGAUGUUGAUGAGGAAGAAUUCGAGAGGCCAGACACAGCAAAUAGUCUGGGUAAAAUUCUCGAAAGAGUCAAAAUGGAGAGCACUCCAACAGCUGAAAAAGACAUACAACUGGGCGGUUUCGCACCACAACUAGGUCCACUGGGAACAGAGGUCGAUUACGAUGUCACGACUCUCGAAAAGGAGCUCGAGAUGUCCUUUGGCGGCACGAACCGACGCUCCUUCCCCUUCUCAACUUGACCGUACCAGCACAACGAACAGCCUCACGCCGUUUCGUCAGCCAUCUACCUUCUAUCGCAUUCCCGUCGCGCGACGGCUUUUUGUACAUAUCGAAAAUUUUCCCUUCUUGCAUAACACCUCUGCAACUUCAGCAACAGAGGUCUCUCUUGGCGUUUUUUAUACUUUUCAUCUUCCCUCUCAGUAUCGUGGGACAGUAAUCAUUGGUUCCGGGAGCAACGCACAUGCAGGGGCGUUUGUAUCUGUGAAUCUUCUUUCUUUCGAGUACAUGCAUGAAUUCGGACCUGGCAUUGGAACCUGGAUCUUUAUAAUCUUUAAAAUGAUACCAACAUAGAUUGAAGCGGACAAAUUGAGCUUCACAGCUUUUCGAA